AAUCAAGCAGGAGAGACCAGCCUCCCCUGUACCCAGCUGUGUGUCCAUGAAGAGUGACCGGUCUAUGGAUCAACCUAUGACGUUUAGAGAGGGAGACUUUUCUACUGAACAAAGAAUCUCCAACCAAACUCAGUCUCUCCAGAGAUCAGUCUCUCCAGUUGCCAGUCAUCUGUCCAUGAAGAGUGACUUCUCUAUGGAACGUCCUAUACAUUUUAGUAAUGGAUCAGGGACCUUUGACCCCAGUGGAUGGUCUACUCUGCCAGAGGAUCAGUCCAGGUGUGCAGUGUGUCAGCAGGUUCUGAGGGAUCCAGUCUCUAUCACCUGUGGACACAGGUUCUGCAGACAGUGCAUCACCAGAUACUGGGAGAAACCUGCUCCUUCAGGAGACUAUGACUGUCCUCAGUGUAGAAAGAGAUCCAGGACACGUCCUCUACUACAGCACCUGAGUGAACCCAAUGAAGCAAGAGGCUCUGUAAACCAUAAAGACAGUCUGCAGAGAGCUGUAGUAAACCAUAAAGACAGUCUGCAGAGAGCUGUAGUAAACCAUAAAGACAGCCUGCAGAGAGCUGUAGUAAACCAUAAAGACAGCCCGCAGAGAGCUGUAGUAAACCAUAAAGACAGUCUGCAGAGAGCUGUAGUAAACCAUAAAGACAGUCUGAAAGGGAGGUAUGAAUGUGUGAUAGAAGGCAUGGAAAAAGCAGGGCAUCAAACUCCCCUCAACAGGAUUUACACAGAGCUCUACAUCACAGAAGGAGAGAGUGAAGGGGUUAACAAUGAACAUGAGGUGUGGCAGCUGGAGACGGCAUCCAGGACACCAACCUCACAUGACACAGCAAUCCACUGCAAUGACAUCUUUAAACCCUUACCUGGCCAAGAGAGAAGCAUCAGAACUGUGCUGACCAAGGGCAUCGCUGGCAUCGGAAAAACUGUCUCUGUGCAGAAGUUCAUCCUAGACUGGGCUGAAGGGAAGGCAAACCAAGAUGUGGACAUCAUAUUUGUGCUUCCUUUCCGGGAGCUGAACUUGAUCAAAGAUCUCCAGUACAGUCUUCUCAGACUUUUAAAUGACUUCCACACAGAACUAGACAUAGGCAAUGCAGAGAAACUCACUGCCUGUAAAGCUAUGUUCAUCUUUGAUGGUUUGGAUGAAAGCAGACUUCCAUUGGAUUUCCAGCACAAUGAAAAGGUGUCUGAUGUCACCCAGACAUCAUCUGUUGAUGUUCUGCUGACAAACCUCAUCAAGGGGAAUCUGCUUCCCUCUGCUCUCCUAUGGAUAACCUCCCGACCAGCAGCAACCAAUCAGAUCCCCCCUAAGUGUGUUGACCAGGUGACAGAGGUACGAGGGUUCAGUGACCCACAGAAGGAGGAGUACUUCAGGAAGAGAUUCAGUGAUGAGGACCUGGCCAGCAGUAUCAUCUCACACAUAAAGAAAUCAAGGAGCCUCCACAUCAUGUGCCACAUGCCAGUGUUCUGUUGGAUUUCAGCAAUAGUCCUUGAACACAUGUUGAGUACAGACAAGAGGAGAGAGAUGCCCACGACUCUGUCUGAGAUGUCUAUACACUUCCUGCUCAUUCAGACUAGCUUGAAGAACCAGAAGUAUCAUGGAAGAGAUGAGAUGGAUCAAGAGGAGCUCAUGGAGUCAGAUAAGGAAAUUAUUCUGAAGCUGGGGAAGCUGGCGUUUGAAAAUCUGGAGAAGGGUAAUCUCAUGUUCUAUGAAGAAGACCUGAAAGAGUGUGGCCUUGAUGUCAAUGAAGCCUCAGUGUACUCAGGAGUGUGCACACAAAUCUUUAAAGAAGAGUCUGUGUUAUUUCAGAGAGUGGUGUACUGCUUUGUUCAUCUGAGCAUUCAGGAGUUUCUCUCGGCUGUCUACAUGUACCACUGUUACACAACCAAGAACAUGGAUGAACUGAAGCCCUUCCUCAAGAGAAAGUCUAGAGCCGCGUCUGAAGAGCUAACCUUGGAUGAGCUGCUGAAGAGGACCGUGGAUAAAGCCUUGGAGAGUAAGAAUGGACACCUGGACCUUUUUGUCCGCUUCCUUCAUGGCAUGUCACUGGAGUCCAAUCAGAAACUCCUACGAGGUCUGGUGACACAGACAGGAAGCAGUCCAGAGAGCGUCCAGAAAACGAUCCGAUCCCUUAAGGUGAUGCAGAGGAAGAACAUCUCCCCUGAGAGGUGCAUCAAUCUCUUCCACUGUCUGAUAGAGAUGAAAGACCAUUCAGUACAGGAGGAAAUCCAAGAGUACUUGAGGUCAGAGAACAGAUCCAAAAACCUCUCCCUUGCUCAGUGUUCAGCGCUGGCCUACAUGCUGCAGAUAUCAGAGGAGGUUCUGGAGGUGUUUAACCUGAAGGAAUACAAGACAUCAGAGGAGGGUCGUAGGAGACUGCUCCCAGCUGUGAGAGGCUGCAGGAAAGCUCUGUAA